AUGCCAAUACAAAUAAUAAGGUAUAAGGCUAGGGAACUACUUAAUCGUUAUGUCUUCACAGAAUUUAGAAGAUCUAUUAGCACUUUAGAACAUGAAAAACCGCCAUUUUUGAUGAUUGCAUCAAUCGGUAAUCCAGAGCCCCAAUACGAAGGAACCAGACAUAACGUGGGCCAUUGGGCUCUCGAGGAGUUAAUUAAGAACCAUUGGACAUCCUUCAAUGCAUUUCAAUCUCAUAAGAAUAUUCCUGAUGGGGUAUAUAGCACAUCAAGUGCGAAAGAGCUUUCAGAUGUGUUUCUUUUCAAAUCAAUACAUUCGUUUAUGAACUUGCAAGGAGCACCGGUUAGUAAAACCUGGCAGAAAAUUAGUAACUAUCAAAAGGCAACACGUUCGCCAGCAUUGGUGGUACUUCAUGAUGAGUUACAGGUACCGUUUGGUAAGUUUCAAAUAAGAAAACAGCUUAGCAGUGCUAGAGGUCACAAUGGUUUGAGAUCUAUUGACUCCUUAAUGGGAGGUGGAUACACAAAGAUAUCUAUCGGAAUCGGUAAGCCUUCAGCGAAGGAUGUAUCAAACUAUGUUUUAUCUCCUUUCACUCCAUUGGAACAAGAGGUAUUGACCUACGAUGUGAUGCCUCAAAUUGUCGAUAUAUUGGAGGAAAUGAAGAAUGGAAAGUAUAUUUAUGACAAGCAAGAACCAGAUCCAAAUCAGCCGAAGAAGAGGAAGCAAAAAUAA